UAUUUAGUUCAUACUAACAAUAAAAAAAAGAGUAAAAACAAAGCCAAUCGUAAUUAUCAUUAAACAACAACAACAAUGAUAAUAAAAAUGAAACUUGAAAAGCUUUUUCAUGCGGAAAUUUAUUAAACUCCAAUUUCUUUCCCACUUAUCAAACCAUAACAUCGUUCUGCCGCCACAUCGUCGCAUUUAAUCAAUUCAAUUGCAUUCAUACAUUUAUUUACCCAUUGAUAAAACCGUGUGACAAGUUUAUUCACUAUGAAUAAGUAAUUUUUACAACCUCGGUAUAAAACUUUACGAAUCUUAAAUAAUAACAAGUGUCGAAUCGGCAAUUAUUUUUUUGUGAAGUGCACUGUCGCAAACAAUUACAAAUUCAAUUUAUUUUGUGGUUUUAAAUAAAAUACUGUUCUGUGACGUUUAAUUGCUAAACUUGAGGUUGAUUAAGAGAUAUUGCUAACAAGACUUGAGGAUUUAUUUUAAUCUAAUCUGAUGAGAUAAUCAGACAGAGCAGUGAUGCCAUCGUCGAGAGUAUAAACUAUUUGGAGGACGCAAUGGUACGGACACGAGUUGUUCCGCAAACCAGUGGUGGAAUGCCAGCAAUUUUGCUCAUCAUUCUCUUCCCCCUAGUCCUCCUCAGUAUAACGACAUCCACAGUAGUGCUAGCUGUACCAAAUGUACGAUCGGAAUCAGCAACGGGACCUGCCAAUAGUGUCAAUCCACUGUCGGGAGCUCCAUCAUCGGGCUCCGCCUCUUCCUCUGGCUCUUCUGGUUCAUCCUUGUCCUCAUCCGGCGCGUCGGGCUCACCCUCAGCCGGUUCUGCCUCGUCAUCCAUAUCAUCGGCAGUAUCCUCGUCAUCUUCCUCAUCAUCAACUUCAUCGAGUGGCACAAUCGGCGCUAUUCCUGGCCCAGGUGUCGGUCUAGGGGAUGGUCUGUCAGGAGUUGGAGGACACUCGUCAUCGAUAUUGGCCUCUAGUUCUAAUGGAAAUGGCAGAUGUGAGGACAUUACGAUACCGAUGUGUCGCGGGAUCGGUUAUAAUUUGACAGCGAUGCCCAAUGAGCUAAAUCAUGAUACACAAGAUGAAGCAGGCUUGGAAGUGCAUCAAUUUUGGCCACUGGUUGAGAUCAAGUGUUCCCCGGAUUUGAAGUUUUUCUUGUGUUCAAUGUACACGCCGAUAUGUUUGCCAGAGUAUAGCAAACCCUUGCCGGCGUGUCGCAGUGUUUGUGAAAGGGCACGUGCGGGUUGUGCGCCUCUAAUGCAGCAGUACGGAUUCUCAUGGCCCGAGCGUAUGGCCUGUGAACGUCUACCUAAUCACGGUGAUCCCGAGAAUUUAUGCAUGGAACAAGAUAAUCAUACUAGCAGCGGUAGUGGUGCUGGUGGUUCCGCGAGCAUGGCACCACUGCCUCCGGGGCCACCUCGUCCCACACGUCCAACAAAAACAUCUCAGCCGUCACGUUGCAAAGGUAAAAACUCAAAAAACUGUCAGCAUCCUCCAGGGGAAAGGGCAAGGGAUUGCUUGUGCAGAUGCAAAGCUCCCCUCGUGCCUCUGGGGGUAACAAGCAGCGGCAUAGGCACAAGCGGCCACGCGGCGGGAAUCCUGGGGGCCGGAAGCACCCACAUCGUCGGGGUCCCAGUUCCACCAAUCGGACUGGACACGAUGACAAUCAACAGCAACAAUCUGAAUUAUCCGGGAAUUGCCGGGGUAAGAGAUUGCGCUCUGCCGUGCCACGGAGUACUCCUGUCCCCCGAGGAGAGAGGAUUCGCAGCGGUCUGGCUAACUCUCUGGAGCGGCCUGUGCGCCGCAAGCACGCUAACAACCGUCAUCACCUUUCUCAUCGACACGCAGCGUUUUAAGUAUCCCGAACGGCCAAUUGUCUUCUUGUCCGCCUGCUACUUUGUCGUGUCUUUGGGGUACUUGGCAAGAAGUGUUUUGGGUCACGAAGAGAUAGCGUGUGAUGGACCAGCUUUGAGAUCUGGCGCCCAAGGGCCCGGCACUUGUGUCACAGUCUUUUUGAUGAUAUACUUUUUUGGAAUGGCCUCGUCAGUUUGGUGGGUAAUAUUGGCAUUUACGUGGUUUUUGGCCGCCGGUUUGAAAUGGGGAAAUGAAGCAAUCACUUCUUACUCUCAAUAUUUCCAUUUAGCCGCUUGGUUAGCACCGACCGCGCAAACCGUUUGGGCCUUGUUGGCCGGUGGAAUUGCUGGUGAUCCAGUCGCAGGAGUUUGCACUGUAGCACCCGAAGGUGUUCAAAAAUUCAUACUCGUACCACUUCUAGUCUACUUACUACUCGGCACAAGUUUUCUACUUGCCGGAUUUGUGAGUCUCUUUAGGAUACGUUCGGUAAUAAAACGUCAGCCAGGCGCUAAAGCUGACAAAUUGGAAAAACUUAUGAUUCGUAUUGGUGUAUUCUCUGUACUAUACACAGUACCAGCAAGCGCAGUCUUGGGAUGUUAUCUUUAUGAAUCAACGCAGCGUGACGAGUGGAUUGCCCAUCUAGCGUGUCCAUGCAGGCCUCAAUCAAAGCCCAUUUACUCGAUUCUUAUGCUAAAAUACUUCAUGGCAUUGGCAGUGGGAAUAACUUCCGGUGUGUGGAUCUGGAGUGGAAAAACUCUCGACUCGUGGCGCCGACUGUGGAGACGCUUGUUUGGUGGUGGUGUCGCUGCCGGCGGCAAUACUGGACUUGCUGGAGUUACGGGUGUCAGUGGAAUCGGGAGCGCAAGCAUGAAAGGGGUCGGGCGGUCAAUGAUGCCAAGUUACGCAGCAUCUGGACCCGGAAGUGCUCUACUGCCACCUGGUAGCGUUGCCAGCGCUUCUCAACACCAUUUGCAUCAUCACGUACUCAAACAACCUCCUUUAUCGCACGUAUGACGUCACCAGUCGGCGGGAGGCGACAUGAAUUCAGCUGGUUGCGAUCCACAGCAGCAACAGCAGUCACAGUUACAGCAACAGCAGCACAAUGAAAGGCCUUCCGCCCUCAGUAACUACGGACCCAUUUAGCCCUUCGCCUCAGCCUCGUCCCGGAGGCAUACACCCGCACACACUGCGCCACACACGCCCCACAGUGCUGCCACCAUCUACUCAAGACGUUCGUUAGCUUCAACUACGGGACCUCUCACUCCAGCUCACGGUCUUGCGCCAUCUUAUACUCAAGCAACCGACGUCUGAUCCACGAUAAAUAAUUAUUAUUCGAACCAGCAAUUGUGGUAGCUAAUUAUCAUUACGUACUAACUAACUAACUAACAAACAAUCCAGUGGGUGUAAAAAAUAUUGCCAUAUACUAUUGCCGCAUAUACGUAUAAAAAUGCAUUUAUCUUAUCAAGAUUACUUGCGAUAAUUAUCGAGUCAAUGUAGCAGUGAUUUUUAUUUACUAUUAUUAUUAUUAUUUCAUUUUAUUUUUCUUUAAUCGAUAAUAUAUUAAAAAAAAUAUAUAUAUAUAUAUAAAUAUUUACUUUUAUUUUUUUAUCGACGCCGGGGAAAGUUUUACCGUCCGCGUGAGACUAAAAUUAAAACAAAAAAUAAAAAAACUAAAAUUAAAAAAAUUGAUAAAAUGGCACGACUUUGUCUCUGGCUAGUACUAAGUACACUGAGAGUGUAAAAAAUUUUGUAUGCUUUGUAUGUUUAAUAUAUUUAAUGUAAAGUGAGAAUGAAGAUAUAAUAUAAUACCGUUUUUUUUUUUUUAAUUUUAAGCUCUAAGAUUUCUCCUGUCUUUCUAAUAUUUUAUUAAACACUAGGCUCGAGUGCAUGUCCGUCUCUAUUUAAAUUAAAUAUAUAUAUAUAUAUCUAUAUAUAUAGCUACUUGGUCUACUGAUUAGUAUGAGGAGUUAAACUUUCCGGAGUUUUUUUUUUAAAUUAUAGAAGGAAAGUUGGUCACGUAAGGAUGUAUAGGGUAGAUUUUAAUAUCGAAAAGUAAAAAAAAGAAUUAUUAAUAUUACUGUCAUUAUUAUUAUGUAAAUAUUGAAACAAAAGUAUAUAUAAAUAUAAAUAUAUAACUUAGGGUAUAGUGUCAUUGUAAAUAAAUAAAUAAAUAAGUAAUAAUAAUAAUAAUGAUAAAUAAAAAAAGUAAUAAACGAGGAAGAAAUUUUUUUGUACAGAAUUCGAGUCAUUAAGGGAGAAAUCUUUGGCAAGAUAAUUGGUGAGAAAAUUAUCAUAAAAUAAAGUGUGAUUAUUAUAAAAAAAAUAUAUAAGUAUAAAGAUGGUAGAGCAGUUUUUUUACCAUGAGAUUAAUAACUAAUGAGAUAACUGGUCAUUGUUUCAUAUUCCAUAGAAAUGAUAAAAAAAUUUUAAAUAAAAUCUUUACUCUCCGAUGUACUUUAAAAUUUUUUAAAUUCCACUUAUGAUUAAGUAAAAUAAUAGUUGACAAAAAGACAGGGAGAGAAAGAGAUUGAUUUUUAAAUUAUUGAAUAUUAAAUAAAAAUAUAAAAACGUUUAUCACGUGCACCGUAGUUAACACACUCUAUGUAACGUGUAUGCGUGAGAUCUGUAGUCUUGGAGACAUUAUAAUUAUAAUUAUAAUAAUAAUAAUAUAAUGGUAAAUAAUUAUUAAUAAUAAUGAUAAUGUAAAAUGAUUUUUUUAUGAUCUCCGCAGAGUACACGGAAAAAAAAUUCGCUUUAAUAUAUUAUGCUUAAAGUACUUGUCACGUUCGGACUAUCAGUCUUUAUUACCUUUAAAAUUUUUCAAGGAUAUUUAAAUUUAUCAAGAAAUUACUUUUGUUUUUUAUUUAAUUUUACUAUGUGAUAGAUUUUUUAUUUUCAUUAUUAAAUAAAUAAUUAUUUUUUUUCGGUCUGAGUAUCAAAUUAUACGCGAAAAAUUCAAAGACUUUUCCGUGGUUUUUGAAUCAGCAUAAUUGAUAUUUUUCAAAAUAUUUUUCUUUAAUCCGAACUAUCGGGGACUGAAUAAAGUGACCAAAAUAAAAAAAUUGAUUUAUAAGACCAAUAAAACAAUUUUCGGGCCGAAAUAAGUGAAGCCAAACUGAAAAAUGAUUUUCGACUCUAAAUAAAUUUUUUUUUUCCGUGUAAAAAAUAAAAGAGUUUGUAGUUGUAGAGACCAAAAUGCAAUUAUCAAAUAAAUAAGUCAUUUAAGUCAGCAGUUAAAUUACAAAUAAAUAAUAAUAAUAAACAAUAAAGUGACAAAAAUAGAAAACAAUAAUAUUUUGACUCAUGUAACUGCCAAGUGUGUAAAGUCAAUUCUAAAAAAAAGUGCGUGUGUUUUACAAUGACAAAAUAAUUUUUCAAUUGCAUUAUUAAAAUUUAUACGAAAAUUUAUUAGUAAAAAAAAUGAAUGAGUAAUAAAACAAUUGAAUUAACCGAUACCUGCCUCAAUGCAAACGUCUUGUCAUUAGACUCUUACUUGCCAAAUGCAGAAAAAUCAUUUAAUAAACAAUUAUUAUUAUUAAAUAAAAGUAAAGAGGAAAUAAUAACACGCAACUGAGUGAGUAAAUGAAAAAAUAAAAUUAAUUAACUGAUAAUUAAAUGUGUAUUUGUAAUUUUAAAUUUAAGAACAACGUAUAGAGUAGGAAAAAGUCACGGAGAAUUAGUCUCACAUAUCAGAUUAAAACUUUAAAUAAGUACUAGGAUAUAAUUCUCGUACUUGAUAAACUUUUUAAAAAUAUAAAUAACAAUUUAACUAGAUAUUAAGACGAAUAGAUUUCAGAGGAAAAUACUAAAAAAAAAAAAAAAGAUUAAUGAAUGGAAUAAAAAAAAAAUAAGAGGAGUAGAUAUUCGUAGAGACGAGGGAGAAAUGUACGCAUAUUUGAAUUUGUAAAAUUUUUUGUCACGAUUGAUAAAAAAAAUUAAAAAUAAUAAAAAAAAAGUUUAAUUAACUUAUGUAAUUAUUUUUUAAAACUCUCUCGCUCUCUACUACCCAACUGCCAUUUUUUUCUCUCGUUUGUCCCAAAAUAAUUGAUAUAAUUAAUUAUUAUUAUUGAGAAAAAAAUAAUAAUUAAAAAGUGUCGGCUGAGGCCGAGGAUUUUUUACCAUACGUAAAUCAAAAUUGUAUACGAUUUUUAAUACAUUUUAUUAUUAUUUAAUUAUA